UCGUUGGCAAAACAAAAAGGCCAGACGUUCCUGGAACUCGGGUGAAAAUGCCACUCCAAGAGCUAAAUAAAACUCAUAAGCUCCAUAUACUCCACAUAUACGAGCAGCCCCCAACACGAGACCUACAAAGGGAAGGUGAAUGGAUAAACCCGCAUACAAAGACGCCCUUUGACCAAGACCAAGUGACAAGGGCAGAUCAACCCCGCAUUGUGCAGAUCGCUCUCAAUAACGACACCGGCAAACCAUUCUCUAACAACCUCUCACGAACGAACCAUCUUCUUCGCGCAGACUUCACUUGUCUGAUAGACGGAAAAGCGACGACUUCGCACCCACACCUCCGGCGUAAACACUAGGCUGCAAUGCAGCAAAUACCAGCCCGGCGGGAUAGCGAAUCCUCAAUAUCCACUCUGGAAUUCGAAGACAAUCUCAUCGUUCCCCAGUUAUCUACUAGUUUGUUAUUCGCGUUGACAUGCGCGAUAGGAGGACUCCAACUCAUAUGGUCAACUGUCUUCUCUCAUGGCUCAGCCUACCUCUUCACCCUCGGUAUCACUAAAACGCAAUCCUCGCUGAUCUGGGCCAUCGCACCCAUCUGCGGCGCCCUCGUGCAGCCUAUCGUAGGCGCAAUAUCAGAUAGUUCGCGGUCACGAUGGGGGAGACGGCGGCCAUUCAUAGUGGGCGGGGGAUUGGGGGUGUGCCUUUCACUUCUCACUCUCGCUUGGGUGGGGAGCAUUGGGGGAAGUAAUGCAAUGAUAGUGCAGGCUGCUGCAAUCAUCUGUAUUCUGGUUCUGAACGUGUCGAUGCAACCACUGCAAGCAGGACUUCGAGCGCUGAUUGUGGAUGUUUGUCCCAAAGAGCAACAGUCGGUGGCUAGUGCUUGGGCGGGAAGGCUCGCUGGAGGGAGUAAUAUUCUGGGAUAUGUUUUUGGGUCGUUGCCACUUUGGGGGGCUAUAACGGAAAACAGUGGUAAUGGUAAUGGGGAUGAGACUACGAGGUUUCGGUUCAUGACAGUGCUGUCGAUAUCGGUCUUGGCUGUCACUAUCCUCGCUACUGUCUACUUCAUUAAGGAGGAGGAUUUCGGCGAGAAAGAGUAUACGCCCGAGGGAAGCAAUCUGGUUGUUCGUUGUCUGCGGGAUGUGAAGGAUGGUUGGAAAUACAUGCCACUACAGUCACGUCGCGUGUGCUUCGUGCAAUUCUUCGCUUGGAUGGGAUGGUUUGGGUUUCUCUUCUAUUCCACAUCUUAUAUCGCAAGCCUAUACAUGAUCGAAGAGCGCAAAAGAGGGGUCGAGCAGAAAGUUGAAUACCUUGGGGAUGCAGGAGUUCGGCUAGGCACCUUUGCGAGUCUCCUAUCGGCAAUAUUGGCUCUGGCAACGACAAUCGUGGCUCCUUAUGUCGCUUCUUCGACGAACUCGAAGACCGAGUGGUGGCGAGAAACUCACAUUCUCUGGUUUGUGAGUCACCUCUUGUAUGCGUUAUGCACGUUCUGCACUAUCUUUGUAUCCACAGUAUCCGCGGCCAUUAUCCUGGUCACCGUGACUGGCAUUUCUUGGGGGAUUACACAAUGGGCACCUUUUGCUCUGAUUGGCGAGGACAUUGCAACACACCAUAUCGAAAAGGACUCGAGGAUGGAGAAAGGCGGGCAGCGAUGGAUGAGCAGUCAGAGCGGUGCAAUGAUGGGCGUUCACAAUGCUGCUAUAUCAUUGCCCCAAAUUCUGGCGGCGCUAGGAAGCAGUGUCGUAUUCUGGAUUUUCGAAGAAAGUAAACCGGACCAAGAUGUCAGUUUGGCUUGGGUGUUGAGAGCAAGUGGUGUGGCAGCGCUUGUCGCUGCCUAUCUGGCCUGGCGACUUAAGUGA